GACAUUCUGAGAGCUUCCCAGAGUGUGAAGUGAAGCCUCCUCUGCUCUUUCCUUUUACAACAGAACAUGAAAAAGUACAACCUGGGAUGUUGUUGUUCAUCUUCAACAUGUCUCAUGCUCAUAUUUCUGGCCUCAAACCUCGCAUGUGUACAAGGUUUUGACUCUCUUUUACAGCUCCCACAAUCUGGGUCGGCCAGGAUGCGGCCUAGAUCCAAACGGGUCCUUUUUCUUGGCGACUUUGGUGCACAAGGAGAUGGCCUUCAUGAUGAUACAAAGGCCUUCAAGGAUGCUUGGGAAAUAGCCUGUUCUUUCUCUCCAAGAGCAAGAAUUGUAAUUCCUGCUGGAAGAACUUUUCUGAUUCAUCCUAUUGACAUUGCUGGGCCUUGCCGAUCAAAAAUCACAUUACAAAUCUCUGGUACAAUCAUGGCACCCAAAGAUCCUGGUGCCUGGUUUGGUAUGAAUCGACGUAAAUGGCUCUACUUCCAUGGGGUGAACCACCUUACUGUAGAAGGAGGAGGCACAAUCAAUGGGAUGGGACAGGAAUGGUGGGCACGGUCUUGCAAGACCAACUCCACAAAUCCAUGUCAUCAUGCUCCGACGGCCUUUACUUUCCAUAGGUGCAAGUAUUUGCAUGUGAAGCACCUCAAGGUGGUUAAUAGUCAACAAAUGCACAUGUCAUUCACCAAGUGUCUUCGGGUUGUUGCAGCCCAUCUCGAUGUGAUAGCACCUGCACGUAGCCCUAACACUGAUGGAAUUCACAUCAGUGCUUCAAAAGGUGUUGAGGUCAAGGAUAGCAUAAUCAGAACAGGGGAUGACUGCAUCUCUAUUGUCAGCAACUCUUCACGGAUCCGGAUCAGAAACAUUAUCUGUGGCCCUGGUCAUGGCAUAAGUAUCGGAAGCCUGGGAAAAUCAAACUCAUGGUCACAGGUGCAUGAUGUAGUGGUUGAUGGAGCUUUCCUCACCAACACUGCAAAUGGGGUGAGGAUCAAAACAUGGCAGGGAGGUAGUGGUUUUGCAACUGGGAUUUCCUUCCAGAAUGUGCUGAUGGAAAACGUAUCCAAUCCAAUAAUAGUAGAUCAAUAUUAUUGUGAUUCAAGGCAUCCAUGUGCAAAUCAGACUUUGGCUGUAAAAGUGGCGAAUAUAUCCUUCAUGCACAUCAGAGGGACUUCAGCUACAGAGGAAGCAAUAAAAUUAAGUUGCAGUGAUGACUUCCCAUGUGAAGGGUUAUACUUGGAAGACAUUCAACUUGUAUCAAGCUGUGGGGGAAUUACAAGAUCUUUUUGUUGGAAAGCGUAUGGGUCGAGUUCGGGUUUGGUAAACCCACCUGCUUGCUUUUCUUGUAGUGAAAGCUACAUUAACCAGAAAGUCUUACUGGAUUCUGGCAUUCAUUCCAUCUGAAGAGAGAUCAUUCAGUUUUGAAUUUGUAUAGAAGAAUAGCAAAGAGAUCAACUCUUGUGCAGAUAUACGGCAUGACUUUGUGGGGUUCAAUAUACCUAAUUCGUACAUAAAUUCCUCGAUGAUUCCUUCUUCCUAUUAUAUGUAAAUCAUUGAAGGACUAUACUCAAUAAACAAAGCAUAAUUUAGCGAAAUUCAUCAAUGCUAUUGCUGUGCUUUUCCUCUUUC